GAAAAAACAGAAAACUAGUUGAAAAUCCAUUAUUAUUAUUAUGGCUUCCGUUCUCCCUUAUCUUUUUCAUUUUCACUCUCCGCUCUCUCCGUUCCCCUUUUCUCACACCUCAACCUCAACCUAGACCUCAAAACCCUCUUUUCCAAUUCUGAAAAUUCCACCCAUUUCACUUCCAUGACAUGAAUCAAUUCAAAUUCUAAAUUAUAAUAUUUUCUCAUCACCAAAUUUAAAAGAAAAAAUGAAAAGGGAUCACCAAGAAACCUACGGCGGAAGCGGAAGAGUGAGUGGAAACAAGACAACCACCACAAACAACAAGAGCAACUUUGUUAGUGUGAAAGAAGAGUGUUCAUCAAUGCAGAACAAUUCCUUAAACGGAAAAUCAAACAUGUGGAGGGAAGAGAAAGAAAACAGUGGCGGAAUGGACGAGUUUUUAGCAGCUUUAGGUUACAAAGUCCGUUCAUCGGACAUGGCUGACGUGGCACAAAAACUUGAACAACUUGAGAUGGUUAUGGGUUGUGCUCAAGAAGAUGGAAUUAACCACCUUUCUUCAGACACAGUUCAUUACGACCCAGCCGAUCUAUAUUCAUGGGUUCAAACCAUGCUCACAGAACUUAACCCUUCAAACACAAAUCUCAUCGAUCCUUCUUCUCUUUUACAAGAUAAUAAUAUUAAUAAUAAUAACCUACCAAUCGAUGACCCUUUAGAUUCUUCUUCUUCUUCUUCUAUUCUCAACAACACAUUCAACGAUGACUCUGAAUAUGACCUCAGUGCUAUUCCUGGAAUGGCCGUAUACCCACCUCAAUACCAUAACCAAGAAAACGAAAUCGAAAAUAAAAUUGUUAACAGCAACAAGAGAUUGAAGACUUGGGGGAAUAAUGAAUCUGAAACGGAGUCCAAUGAUGUUUUACCGGCGUUAUCUCCGCCGGCGGAACAUACUAGACCGGUGGUUCUCGUUGACUCACAGGAAACUGGUGUUCGUCUUGUUCAUACUAUGAUGGCUUGCGCUGAAGCGAUUCAGCAAGAGAAUCUGAAGCUUGCAGACGCGCUUGUGAAACAUAUAGGGUUGUUGGCUUCGUCGCAAACCGGAGCUAUGAGAAAAGUCGCUUCGUAUUUCGCACAUGCUCUUGGUCGUAGAAUCUACGGAAGCUUCCCUGAAGAAACAAUGGAUUCGUCUUUCUCCGAUGUUCUUCACAUGCACUUUUAUGAAUCUUCUCCUUAUCUAAAAUUCGCUCAUUUCACUGCAAAUCAAGCUAUUCUAGAAGCUUUCGCCGGCGCCGGGAGAGUCCACGUCGUCGAUUUUGGACUCAAACAAGGGAUGCAGUGGCCGGCGCUUAUGCAAGCACUAGCAUUGCGCCCCGGUGGUCCGCCGACUUUCCGGUUAACCGGAAUCGGACCGCCGCAGCCGGAUAAUACUGACGCUUUGCAACAAGUGGGUUGGAAAUUGGCUCAGCUUGCUCAAACUAUUGGGGUUCAGUUCGAAUUUCGUGGAUUCGUUUGCAACAGUUUAGCGGAUCUUGACCCGAAUAUGCUUGAGAUCCGACCCGGUGAAGCCGUUGCUGUUAACUCUGUUUUCGAGCUUCAUUCUAUGUUGGCCCGACCCGGAUCCAUUGAAAAGGUACUCAACACGGUUAAAAGGAUUAAGCCUAAGAUUGUUACUAUCGUCGAACAAGAAGCGAACCACAACGGACCGGUUUUCGUGGACCGGUUCACGGAGGCCUUACAUUAUUACUCGAGUUUAUUUGAUUCGCUGGAAGGUUCGUCUUCUAAUUCAUCUUCCUCGACCGGGUCGGGUUCGUCGGGUCAGGAUCUGUUGAUGUCGGAGCUUUAUUUAGGGAGGCAAAUAUGCAACGUGGUGGCUUAUGAAGGAGUGGACCGUGUCGAACGACACGAGACAUUGAGCCAGUGGAGGUCGAGGAUGGGUGCGGCUGGGUUCGACCCGGUUCAUUUAGGUUCGAACGCGUUUAAACAAGCGAGUACGUUGUUGGCAUUGUUUGCAGGUGGUGAUGGGUAUAGAGUGGAAGAGAAUAAUGGAUGCCUUAUGCUUGGGUGGCACACGAGGUCACUCAUUGCUACCUCCGCGUGGAAGCUUCCACUCAGUGAGUCAUAGUGAUUUGACUCGGGGUACCUUGAGUUAGGAAAAGAACUGAGAACGAGUUUUGGUGAGGUGACAUUCAAUGUACGGGUCAAUGGGGGUGGUGGAUUGGUUAAAACUUUGAUCUUGAUGAAUGAAAAAGUGACUCAGUGAGCGAGUGAGUGAGGCGGGGGAUAAAUAAAGUAAAACAAAAAAGAAUGUAAAAAAUCCAAAGUCUUGUAAUUUGUAAUUGUACUGUUAAUUUCGUUAUUACUAAUGGUUUUCUGCCUCUAAAUUAUAUAAUAAUUUGUUUAAUUCUUAAA